CUAGGAUUUCAAGCUUCUCCAUCACGACAGUCGAGCUUCACAUUCACGCCAAAAGCUGUCUCCCUUGAUUCCGACAGCACAAUGUCAAACCCUGAGCAGAUAUGGAAGAAUCUCCAGCGGCAAAUGACUGCGGCUGGCAGAGGUGGAGGAGGUGGGCCAUCCCCGCGUAUGGUGUCAGGUUUAGGAGGUCUAAUACUUCUCGGCGGAGCUGCGGUUCUUGCGAACAAUUCUCUAUUCAACGUUGAUGGUGGUCAUAGAGCUAUCAAGUAUACGAGAAUAGGAGGUGUGGGCAAUCAGAUCUACGCUGAAGGAACACAUUUGCGGAUCCCCUGGUUCGAGACACCGAUAGAUUACGAUGUGCGAGCCAAACCACGAAAUGUUGCUUCUCUCACUGGAACCAAGGAUUUGCAGAUGGUCAAUAUCACCUGUCGUGUUCUGUCGAGACCGCGAAUUGAUGCGCUUCCACAAAUAUAUCGAACAUUAGGCACUGAUUAUGAUGAGAGAGUCCUUCCUUCGAUUGUCAACGAAGUUUUGAAGAGUGUAGUGGCACAAUUCAAUGCAAGUCAGUUGAUCACCCAACGUGAGAUGGUCGCGAGACUGGUCAGAGAAAAUUUGUCAAAGCGUGCGGCCAGAUUUAAUAUCAUGCUUGAUGAUGUUUCUCUCACCCACUUGGCAUUCUCUCCCGAAUUCACAGCUGCAGUCGAAGCCAAGCAAGUCGCACAACAAGAAGCACAAAGAGCAGCAUUCGUUGUUGACAAGGCACGCCAGGAGAAGCAAGCUAUGGUUGUACGAGCACAGGGUGAGGCAAGAUCUGCCGAGCUCAUUGGAGACGCCAUCAAGAAGAGUCGAUCAUACGUCGACUUGAAGAGGAUUGAGAACGCAAGAGCUAUUGCAACAAUCUUGCAAGAAGCUGGCGGCAGAAACAAGCUGUACUUGGACUCGGAAGGUCUAGGUCUGAAUGUUACGGAGGCGAGCGAGGACAAGUCAAAAAAAUAAUGGGAUGGUAAUGAAAAAAGGAACUCUCCACUGUAUUUGAGCGAUAAGCCGUGUAUUCUAUACUUCAAUGAAGGGCUUCGCCGCUUCUGGACCUCGCUUUCAGAACCAUGCUACUGACAUUUAUUUCAUACCAG